AUGUCUUCAGUAGCGGUCCUCCUCCUUCUUCCCAGUCUGACGUCUUCAUGCGGCUCGUGUAUGUAGUAUCGACUUUCAAUUGAAUUCGUUCUGAUAGUGAGAACAGUUGCUCUGUAGCAUCUGCUUCAUGGAGUGGAAAAAAUUAAAGUGAAUUAAUUAAAAAUGAAAUAAAAUGCUUGACCUUCGUAGAGAUGUUUUUCGUUGUUCAGUAUUCGUAUCUUCUGCCUCGCUAUACUUUUAUUGAUGGAUUUUUUUACCAAAAUAUACCAUCAAAAAGCGGUUUUUUAUUGCUUAUUUCAAAAUUUUUGGCGGUCAAGAGUUUUUUUUUUGCUUUUUGAUUUAUUUUUGUCUAUUUGAAUUUAGUUCUAAAUUCGCGCAUAGUUCUGCAUUUAUCGCAGAUCUAUGAGCGGAACUUAAUUCUGUGUCUAUGUAUGAAAUCGAGACCGAUUGGAUUUCAAAAUGAGAGAAAUGAAGAAUUUAGUUGGUAGACGAGAAGGCGAGCCAAUCACAGAUCCGACGUUCAGUUUCUCGGUGAGUCCACCCGUUCGGUGGACUUACUUCCCACCCGUUCAACCCAUUGGUAUCUCAACGGUUGAUUCUUGGAGCAAAAGUAUUCGUUUGCAGUUGGAACCUCUAUAGCAAACUACUUUCCGGGACAGUCGGCCAGCUCGUCGGAAGCCCAACAAGCAGCGCAGAAUGAAGUCCUUGCAGCAGUUUGUUUUUUUUUUCUUUUCUCUAUUUUUUGCAAAUUCGCUCGAAACUUUCGAUUUCAGUACUUGGAAGCUUUGUCAAGCUCUUUCGUACCUACAACCGACAUGAGAACUACGGUGACGUACUCUCCAGAUGAGGUCUCCAACUGUUACGUUGGGCAGGCGAUACCGCGUAAGUGCGUACGCAAAAACGAAAAACGCGAUUUUCCGCUUGAUAGUCCAAAAUGUUUCUGCUACUUUUUUUCCAGCGGGAACUCGGAUCGGAUACUUGGCAGGCGGCGCAAUCACACAGGUGGCGCUUGUACAAGGAACAGGUGGCGCCGGCGUCACAGUCACCCAAUGUCCUCUUUCUCAAACUUCGAGUGCUCAGCAGGGCGUCGGUCCUUACAUGGAUUACGUUAAACAAGUUACGGUACGAUCCAGACGCCGUUUUCACAAAAUGCACAGCUUUGAGGUGGCUACAAGGAGCGGAGUCACGUUGUCUAAAUACGAAUGGGAGAGGGUGGCGUCAGAAAUGCAGAGCAUUCUCAACUUCCGAUACCACACCUUGUUCCGGAGCAAAGUUGAAAUCAACUGA